UUGUGGCAGGCACCCUAGCGGUCAGCUGACUUGCUGCGGGGUCCUGACAGAGCAUCCUCGGGAGUCGGGACCAGGAAGUUCGAGAUGACUGUUCAUAACCUGUACAUAUUCGACCGCAACGGGGCGUGUCUUCACUACAGCGAAUGGAACCGUAAGAAGCAGGCUGGGAUAUCCAAACAAGAGGAGUUUAAACUGAUGUAUGGGAUGCUGUUUUCCAUCCGUUCCUUCGUCAGCAAGAUGUCUCCUCUGGAUAUGAGGGAAGGGUUCCAGUGCUUUCAGACCAGCCGGUAUAAACUGCACUUCUAUGAGACGCCAACAGGCCUCAAGUUCAUCAUGAACACUGACCUGUCUGUUCCCAACGCAAGGGAAACGCUGCACCAGAUAUACAGCACGCUCUAUGUGGACUACAUAGUGAAGAACCCUCUGUGUUCUCUGGGAGACCCCCUGCAGAGCGACCUCUUCUCCGCCCGCCUCGACACCUUCAUCAAGAACCUGCCCUACUUCAACCCUAGAGCGGCUUAGCACACACACGCUUACCCUACACCAACCCUAACGCUGCUUAACAUGCACACUAUACAUACAUACACACCUACCUAACUUUUGUGUUAAGGAUAUUAAAUAAAUGUGACUUGAUA